AUGGGGUUUGAGAACAAAGGGAAUUUACCCUAAUUCCUCUGGAGGGAGCCAGCUGCUCUCCAGGAACCAGUUCACAAUGAUCAUUGUUGCCAUUUAUUGCCCCUUUACUCUCAGUCCAAAUGACAUAAAAAUAAAUAUUUCACUUAAUCCUUGUGCCAAAGUCAGUCAAAUCUGUUUAACUUUAGAACCCAUGCUCUUCCCACUCCACUAUACUACCCUACAGGAACUCCCCAACCUGUGCCAGCAUUGCUAUAAACCAACUCCCAAACCACCUGAGAUCUAGGCUCCAGCCUCUCCCUUGGCCUUGCAUCCCCAAGCAGUGCAAGGCAGACUUCAGUGGCUCUGAUGGGGGUGGGGACAGGUUCUGGGGUGGACAUGCUUACAAGGGAUGUCCUGGUGAACUUUACCCUCAAGCUGGACUCAAGGCCAGGGGCAGCAGGGAGGCUUCCCACUGCAGCUGGUACUUCUCCCAGCCCCACCAGGGCCUUUACAAAGUCAUCUGAGAGUGGCAAGACAUCUCAGCUGUUCAGCCAAUAACUAACUCUGGCAGAAGGGCAGAUAUAGUCCUUUCCCAGUUUCUAUUGUGGAGACAAAAGUCCUUGUAAUUAGGGGAAUCUCCCUCCCAACCCCAAAAUGUUACUGGUAACAGGCUGUUAGGAUCUUGAGAAAGUCUGGGGUGACAUUCACCUCCCUUCUUCCCUGUUGACGUACAUGGCCCAUUUCAGCCUUCUCUUUCAAGAAAUCAGUGAUCUUCAUUACAGAAUCAUUGUUCAAACCUUCACCCAUUAGCCCUGUGAGCACCCUUUAGAUGAGGUCCUCCAUAGUUCUCUGACUCUACAACUCAGGAAACUUCCUCUGAGCCCUAAAAAUCUAGAGACUCAUCCAACAGCCAAAGGUUCCCACCCAGACCUGCUGAAUUUUUUCUAUCAUUCAUCCUUGGAGUCAACUGCCUCCUCUCCACCCUGGAUCUCUACUUUAACUCAGUCCUAAGAAUCAGAUAGCCUAUUCAGGCCUCUAAACCUAUUAAAAAAUGUUUCUUAAACAUAUACUAUGUGUUAGAGACAGAAUAUCCUUUGUUUCAUUUAAUUCUCACAAUUCUUUGAGGCAGGUAUAAUUAUCCUUAAUUUGUGGCUGAAGAAACAAAGGUGAAGAGGUAAAGUGGUUUGCAGAGGUAUGUCUGAUUCCAUGUGGUCACGGAGGCUGGGGUUGGGAGGGUGACCUGGAGGGAAGCAAAUGUCCUGUUCUAUCUGGAGGCCCCUGUGACUUGCUGAGUCACUUCCUUCUAUUCCACCUGUCUCUGCCAAUCUCUGGGAAGGAGAAAUGACACUGGAGAGGCAGAGACAAGUGACUGCAGAGACAGAGGAGUGGGUGGGCUGGCCCAUGGCUGAGGCCUCGCUCCCAGACCUGAGGGGACAUACUGAAGCCACUCCUUGUCCCAGUGUCCUGGAACUGGAGGAACUUCUGAGGGCAGGGAAAAUUUCUUCUUGCAGCCGAGUGGAUGAAGUUUGGCCCAACCUUUACAUAGGAGACGCGGCCACAGCAAAUAACCGCUUUGAGCUAUGGAAGCUGGGCAUCACCCACGUGCUGAACGCUGCCCACGGGGGCCUCUACUGCCAGGGCGGCCCUGACUUCUACGGCAGCAGUGUGAGCUAUCUGGGAGUGCCAGCCCACGACCUUCCUGAAUUCGACAUCAGCACCUACUUCUCUUCUGCAGCCGACUUCAUUCACCGUGCACUCAACACACCCGGGGCUCUGCCAACUGGACCAGAAGCUGCGAGGUGCAGGCCAGAGCUGAGGGGCCAGACCUGGUCCUCACUUCCCGCCACAGGGGUCUACUGCUUUGCCACCCUGGCACUGGCCCUGCUGGUGCUGCUGGAGGCUCUGGCCCACGUGGAUACCCAGAAGUUGAAACAGCAUCAAGUGUGCGGAGACAAGCGGCUGGAAGUCGGCAGCACAAAGUGCCUGUCAGAGAAGACCGCAGCCUGGGCCAGAUACCCCCACAGAUACUGGCUGAGGGGGCCAAGGACUGUUAGCCAAGAUAGGCACUCCUUCCCAGCACGGCACCAGACCCAAGUUCUGGUGCCCCUGAGAUCCCUCACCCAGCAGACUCCUGAGACCGCCCACCCCACCUUGGUGAGACCUGACCUGCAGCGCUGGCCUGAGUCGAGGGGGAUGGACUCCCUGCAAAAGCAGGAUCUCCGGAGGCCCAAGAUCCACAGGACAGGCCCAGUGUCCCCCUACCAGCCGCCGACGCUGUCCUCGCUGCAGCGCUUGCUGUGGGCCCGUCGGGCCACCACACUGAGCCACGUCAACGAGGUCUGGCCCAACCUCUUCCUGGGAGAUGCGCACGCAGCCCGGGACAGGAGCAAGCUGACCCAGCUGGGCAUCACCCACGUUGUGAAUGUUGCUGCGGGCAAGUUUCAGGUGGACACAGGUGCCAAGUUCUACCACGGGAUGCCCCUGGAGUACUACGGCAUUGAGGCAGAAGACAACCCCUUCUUCAACCUCAGUGUCUACUUUCUGCCUGUUGCUCGAUACAUCCGAACUGCCCUCAGCGUUCCCCAAGGCCGCGUGCUGGUACACUGCGCCAUGGGGGUGAGCCGCUCGGCCACGGUCGUCCUGGCCUUCCUCAUGAUCUACGAGAACCUGACGCUGGUGGAGGCCAUCCAGACGGUGCAGGCCCACCGUGACAUCUGCCCCAACUCGGGCUUCCUCCGGCAGCUCCAAGUUCUGGACAACCGCCUCAGGCGGGAGACGGAGCGACGCUGACCUGGUGGACAGCCGGGAGCCCUGACCCUCUGGCCAGCAUGGCCCAACCCAACCAGCCUGGCCCUGGGGACGGCAGCCUCUGCCGUUUCCAGUCACCCUGAGAUGUACAUAGCAAAUGGGCUUAGCUGAGGCAGAGGCAGGGAGAGCUGGGGGCAACCUUUAGCGGGUGGAUUUCCCUGACCCAAUCCAGAGAUUCUUUAUGCAAAAGAGUUGUCUGUCUCUAUAAUAAAAGAUUCAUC